AAGGCGUCACCGAGGACCCGACAAGGUACAGUCAAAUCGCAAAGCUUCAUCAAAACAACACAGACCUCUCUUUCGAGAAACAACCAGCUUGUUAAAAAUGUUCCGAUUGGUGGUGUUGUCUGCUGUUCUCGCUGUGGCCGCUGCUGCCCCAGGCGCUACUCUGGUCGCAUCUGCCCCGUUGGCCUACACCUCGUACGUCCAGCAGCCGGCCCUGAUUGCCCAGAAGGAGAUCUCGUACCAGAAGAACAUCAUCGAGGAGCCGACCGUGGCCCACGUUGGAACCGUCCUGAAGAACGUCCCAACUGGAGUGACCCACCACAGCUCCUCGGUUGUGCACCACGAUGCCAAGAUCUCCGAGCCCGUGUUCGCCCCGGCCGUGAAGAAGACCGUCGUCUCGACCCCGGUUGAGAAGACCACCUACACCCACGGUUAUGCCGCUGCCCCAGCUGUCACUUAUGCCGCUGCUCCUGCCAUCACCUACGCCGCUGCCCCCGCCAUCAAGACCGCUUACGUCGAGGCUGCCCCGGCCAUCAAGACCGCCUAUGUUGAGUCCGCUGCCCCAGCCCUGACCUACGCCGCUGCCCCGGCUCUGUCGUACGCCGCCCAUGGUCUGAACUACGCCGCUGCCCCAGCUCUGUCGUAUGCCUAUGGCGCUGCUCCGGCUCUGACGUACGCCGCCCAGUACCCGACCGUGUACGGUGCUGCCCCGGCCGUGUACGCCAAGUACUAAAGGACGAAAGCCCUGGCCAUAGCAAUUCCGCCGUGAGAUUGAAGUGAGACUGUCGGGCUAUUUUUCUUUUGUUCAUUGGCUUUGGUUGUUUCCCCGAUGAAAGAUGAGAAAAGUUAAAGCUUAAUGAGGAAAAUGAAGUAAUAAACCGUUUGGUAGUGAUAUUUUGUAAAAAAAAAAA